UCAGCAGGCGCCGUCUGUCAAAAACACAAAAUCGCACUUUUGUCAAAUCUUUUCCGCGAGACUCGUAGUGUGUCCUUUCGGUGCUCAUAUUCCAGGACUUUUCAUCCGACGAUCGCAAGAUGCAGGCCGUUCGUCCCAUCGCCAACCUGGCCGUCCGCAAUGCGGCGUUCCUGUCCCGUGGCUACCACGGCCCGAACAACUUCCGGGUGUACACGAUGAACGACAUGCCCGUGCCGGAGGGUGACUUCUUCGAGCAGCACCGCGCCAAGAACCGCACCUACAACGCCGUGCUGGCCGCCGGAAUCGUCAUCUUUGGCAUCACCUUCACCAUUGCCAAGGAGUCCGGACUGAUCUACUUCAACUACAACCCCCCGAAGAGCCUUGAUUAAGCAAUGCCUUGGCCGGAAGAUUCCAGAUUGUCUCUACUUUAGCCAGCCAGCCAGUGCGGGUUGUGUUGUACGUGUAAACAAUAAAUUAACUUGAAAAAUAA